CCGUUUUGGCAGGGAUUCCUGUUGGCUUCGCGCGCCUUGUUGCUAUGACAGCGGCGGACGGCUGUGGGCAGCAGAGAGUCGGCCGGAUGGUUUGCUAAAAAGUCACCCCGGCGGAAACAGAGCAAGCGCACGCAGCAAAGUGAGGAGAACACAUUGAGAAAGAGAGGAAAGACACAGCCACGGAGCGAGAACAGGAGGGCCUUUUAAACGCAUACGGCCGAGAGGCUUCUUUUCAGAUCAUUCAGUCCUUUCUCAGUGGGAUGAACCCUUCUCAGUUUUCUGUAGCUGAGUCCUUUCUUCUGGAUGCACCUAUAACUGUAGAGGAAUUCUCAACUGCUCACCCCUCUACAAAGACCAGUAAACCCAGUAUUGUUCACUAACGACCUGUUCAAGAAGCAGCUAUGCCAUUUCCCUUUGGCAAAUCUCACAAGUCUCCUGCGGACAUAGUGAAAAAUCUGAAGGACAGUAUGGCAGUUUUAGAAAAACAAGACAUCUCGGACAAAAAGGCAGAAAAGUCCAAUGGAGCUUUGCGUUGUUCUCAAAGUUCUCCCGCUUUACAAAACAGCGCAGCCACUCGCCUGGCCACAAGGCGCAAUUUUUCUUUGACCACGUAUUGUGCGGAGGAUGUGCAAUUUGGGGACAAAAUCAAUGUUGCAAUGAAGCUGCCCUGGGCCAAGAGGCACUCGUUAACGGGGAAAGAGAAGAUGGAUAAAACUGCAGUUCUAUCAGCUACAGAAGAAGUCUCCAAAAACCUUGUUGCUAUGAAGGAGAUUUUGUAUGGGACAAAUGAAAAGGAGCCCCAGACAGAAGCAGUGGCACAGCUGGCACAGGAAUUAUACAACAGUGGCCUCCUUAGCACACUCAUAGCAGACUUGCAGCUCAUUGAUUUUGAGGGAAAGAAAGAUGUUGCUCAAAUUUUUAACAACAUUCUUCGGAGGCAGAUUGGGACAAGAACUCCAACAGUAGAAUAUAUUUGCACUCAGCAAAAUAUACUUUUCAUGUUAUUAAAAGGGUAUGAAUCUCCAGAAAUUGCUUUAAAUUGUGGUAUAAUGCUGAGAGAAUGUAUCAGACAUGAACCUUUGGCAAAAAUCAUUUUGUGGUCUGAGCAAUUCUAUGAUUUCUUCAGAUAUGUGGAAAUGUCCACAUUUGAUAUUGCUUCAGAUGCAUUUGCAACAUUUAAAGAUUUGCUAACAAGACAUAAGCUAUUAAGUGCUGAAUUUUUGGAACAGCAUUAUGAUAGGUACUUUAGUGAAUAUGAAAAGCUACUCCACUCAGAAAAUUAUGUGACAAAGCGACAGUCUUUGAAGUUGUUGGGAGAGUUACUUUUAGAUCGACAUAAUUUUACCAUAAUGACCAAGUACAUCAGCAAGCCAGAAAAUCUGAAGUUAAUGAUGAAUCUUCUAAGAGACAAGAGCCGUAAUAUACAGUUUGAGGCCUUCCAUGUUUUCAAGGUGUUUGUAGCCAAUCCAAAAAAAACGCAACCUAUCCUGGAUAUUUUGCUCAAAAACCAAACCAAACUUAUUGAGUUUCUUAGCAAGUUCCAGAACGAUAGAACCGAAGAUGAACAAUUCAAUGAUGAAAAGACAUACUUGGUGAAACAAAUCAGGGAUUUGAAGAGACCAGCUCCUCAGGAAACUUAAAAAUUGUUUAAAACAUUGCAACUUAAACAGAAAACUCAGCAUCUACUGUUAAAAAGGAAAAAAAGCACCCUUAUUCAGUUCAUAAGGAAUAUCCUGCUCAUCUGCUGUUCAUUGAAGGGUUGUUUUUUUUUUCCCCUUUUCACAUAUAUGAUACAACUUAGCUGUCGCUUUCUUGCACAUUUUAGAACCGAAUGUGGAUAUAUUAUAUUUUUGUCGUUCAGACAAUGCAAAAAUGAAAAUCAUCUUUUUGAGUGCUUUGUUGUAAAUUCCUAAUAACUAUCACUAUAAAAUAGCAUGGUUUUGUCUGUAAAGGAGGGAGAUACUGGCUAUUGAACAUGGCAGGUUGCAUGCCUUUAAACAAAACAAGUCUGAGUUUUCCCAUAUAUUUGCGGUUGCUUUUCUUUGCGGAGUGUGGAACACACAUGCGUGUGAUCUGUGCUAAUCUUACUGCACACAUAGUGGACUAUGAUAGUAGCUACAGUUUUAAGCCUUUGUUUCAAAUAGAGAUUGGGCUUUAAAGAUGGCUGAGUUACAUGGAAACAUGCAUGUACAAUGAAAGUGUUGUGAAUAAGGGCAGCAUCCGCCACCUAAAAGAUUUAUGAAUGACUCUCCAGACAAUGAUUCUUAAAUGGAUCCAUAUGUACAUACAUUUUGUGUCUUUAAUGCUAUGUAGAGGUUGUUUUUUCUUUUUUGUUUUUUUCUCCUCUAUUCUAUUGAGGUUUUGAAUUUUUUUUUUUUUUUUUUUUUUUAAGUGAAUGAAUUUUCAUACAUUAGUAAAAGCAGUGACUUUGCAUUUCUCUACAGAGCUCAUUGCUAAUUUUGUUUGUACAGAACUACUUAUUAGAGAGGAGCUUAUUAUUAUUAUUUUCAUAAAUGACAUUUGUACAGCAGAGGAAUGUUGUUACUGUGUGGGGGGGGGGGGGGUAUUGAGUCUUUUCAAAUGGCUGCGCAUAGAGAAUUGAUUUUUGUUUUACUGCAGAUAAGAAUACAGCACAGAAGGUGAAAUUGCUGCAUUCCCUGCUAUAUGUUGUGCCAGUAAUGAGGCUAGAUAACUGUAGGUUAUUAAGAAUGCUGAAUACUGUAAACCUGAGCCUCAUGGGGUACAGUUCCAAGUGCUUUCCUUUUAUGAUUUUUACUUGGGUGCAGAGGUAGAGAGGAAGGGGGUUGGGGGUUCAAGUAUGUUGUGGUUUACCAGUAUAUCAGUAGAAGACCAAUGAUGUCAAAAGUAAUUUCUGCCUGUACACUGUUAUCUGUAUAUUACAUGACCGUUGACUCAAUAUAGUUGCUUGGCACAAAAGAAACAAUUAUAAAUUUAUGCACUUCUCCACUUGAUGAUUUAGAUAUUCAAAUGCUACAUGUGACCUUUUCCUUUCAAAAUUAUAUGCAUUGAGUUGUUCUUACGUAGCUUCAGAUUUGAAUGUCAGUGUUAUAUUUUGGGCAGCUUUUCACCACUUGCUUUAGAUCCCAGUGUUGCCAAGAUCAAGAAAACUGAAGCAGGUGUUACAGCUCACUAACAAAAACAUCUAAUAAAUUCUUCUAUUAUUAAGCAGUUGUUUAUUCAUCUCUGCCAGAGAUGUGACAACACUGUGGGGUUUGGUGCUGAGCAAAGGAUUAGAUUUUAAACUGAAAAUCUUCAAUUGCUCAAUGUGUAAUGUGCCAUUUCCAGUUUUUAACAUUUCAAGCACCUCCUUUAAAGUAUUUGUAAUGCCAUGUCUUGGAGCUUUUGAUUGAAUAAAUAGCAUUGUCUCCUUCCCAGGAAGGAGACAAAGGGUGUCUCGUGGGAAUGAAUUGCAUCUGCAAUCUGUAAAUAAACAUUAAGCUUUGAAAUUUAGGAAAGCCCUGAAAGACACCCAGCAGUGACCUAUGCUGUGCUGAUCUGCUUUCUACCCACAAAAUAGUUUUGCAGUAAGAAGAGUGCUGCCAUUAAGCAAAUAAGCACCAUUGCAUAAGAAAAUAUGCCACAGUCCGCGGAGCCAGUGUUAAAUACUAUCAAAUGCAAGUGCAUUUAUUGUUAAACAAUAUGGGAAAAGACCUUCUUAAAAAAAAAAAAUUAAAAAAGAACAAAUAAAUAAAAUUUGACUAAUCUGA